AUGGAGGAACAUCUGCGGAACAGUCUUUCCAACCAUCCCCAUGUGUUUCAGAGCUUGCAACACAGCAGCUCGCCGUCACACCGAUCCGACCGAGUGACUCCACUUUCUAUUAACGAGGGGACCACUACCGCCCUUGACCACGAGCUCUCCAUCAUGCAAUCACACCGCAAUGGCAGCUCUAGCGAUGAAGAGGGCCAGCCUCCUCCACGCUACACCCGUGAAAAUGAUCCUUUCCAGCUCGCCUCGAAGCUGAAGACCGAGGAUGAGAUCCGACAGAUGAAAGCCAAUACAUCUCGGAAGCGGGACUCCACCAAUGCCAAGAAAGGCCGGAAAGUGACAAACAUAGUGCAAGAUUCCACCCGUCUUGGACAACAGGCUUUCAUUACCAGAAAGCUGCAAGGAUUCUACGAGUCUCAAAAUGAAAACAUCGAGCGUAUGCUGAAGCCUGUUGAGGAGCACCGACGCGCCGCCCGCGAGUUGAGCGUUGACAACCGUCUCAAGUACCGAAUCGCUGUAUACGGCAGUUUUGCUGCAAACAUCGUUCUCUCAAUCAUUCAGGUGUACGGUGCCGUAUCAUCUGGAUCGCUAUCUUUGUUCACCACGAUGGCCGAUGCCGUCUUCGAUCCCAUGUCCAACCUGACGCUUCUGCUCUGCAACAAGGCUGUCAACCGGGUUGACCCGCGCAAGUUCCCCGCUGGAAAAGCCCGCAUUGAGACUGCGGGCAAUAUCUGCUUCUGUUUCCUUAUGACUGCUGUCUCUUUUAUCAUCAUUGCCUUCUCCAUUCGCGAGCUAGUAACAGGCUCUGAUAACGAGACCCAGUCUUUCCAUCUCCCUUCCGUUAUCGCCGUUGCCGUUGCCUUUGCCACCAAGUUCGCCCUUUUCCUGUACUGCUGGGCCUUGCGCAACCAGGUCUCUCAGAUUCGCAUUCUCUGGGAAGACCACCGCAACGAUCUUUUCAUCAACGGAUUCGGUAUCUUGACUUCCGUCGGCGGUAGUAAGCUGCGCUGGUGGAUCGAUCCCAUGGGUGCUAUUAUUCUGUCUGUGCUGGUCUGUGUGCUGUGGCUACACUCCGCGUAUGGCGAGUUCCAAUUGCUUAUCGGUGUGACUGCCGACACGAAUAUGCAGCAGCUCAUCACAUAUAUCUCCAUGACCCACUCUCCUUUGAUCACCGCCAUCGAUACCGUUCGUGCCUACACCUCUGGCCCUCGCCUGUUAGUCGAGGUGGACGUUGUCAUGGACCCCGAGGCAUCUCUGCGAGCUACUCACGAUGUCGCCGAAGAGCUCCAGAUUAAGCUCGAGUCGCUUCCCGACGUUGAACGUGCUUAUGUGCAUGUAGAUUACGAGACUACCCACAAGCCUGAGCACUGCCUGAAGAAGGAGCUGUAG